AUGGAUUUAAGUAAAGAUUUAAUUAAGACUGAUUCCCUAUCAUCUCAUGAUUCCUAAAAUUGUGUCACUGAUUCAGACUGCUCUAAUUCUUACGAGCAAUGUAUAGGUAUCUUCAUUGUGUUUGUAUGUCUGAGAUUGACUUGCAGACAUUUUCAAUAAUAAGAAAGAAGAAAUAGAAUAAGAUAAUAAGUGUAGUAGGAGGCUGAAAGAUUAAGAUUAGAAAGAGAGCGAAGAGAAAGGGAUGAAAGAGCUAGAUUGAUUCAAGUAGACAUAUAGCUUCAAAACUCAAAUGCAGCUUUUGCUAGAAAUAAUUCAAAUAACGAAAACUAAAGACCUCAAAACCGAGUUAGUGCUAAUCAAGUUUACGAGGGUCUACCUGAUUAUCACUAAGACAAGUAUGAAGGUUAUGGUCAAACAAUCUACAUGUACCCUGAGAAUAUGCCAUCCUAACUAUAUAAAUCAUCCUCUUCAAUUGUAGCUAUUCAAGGCAUACCCUUGUAGGAUGAUGACAAAAGUAUAAAUGGAUUUUAAUGA